AUGGGCACGUCAAGGGCCACAUCACAGUGUUCCCAACAACGUGCAGGAGCUGGCGACCAGGUGCUCCCGCACCCUUUGCAAGCACUGGACGAGAUCCACGUUUCGUGGCAGGGCGUGGAGAAGCCGGCACCGAGCGACCUGUCGAGUCUCUUGUCGGUGAGGCGGCGGGUCGUCGAGAGGGCUCUUGUUUGGCUGAAGAGGAGCAACCCCCACUACGCCGAGAUCGAGAUCGACGUGGCGGAGAUGGAGAGUUGGGGAGACCCGAUAGACAGGGUGCCGGCCUUGGUGUAUGAUCGCAUGGAGCGGAACGAGCCGUCCGCAUGGGAGAAAACGCGGACGGCGCGUUGUGCCGCCCACGGAGCGCGCCAUGGACGACGAGGGUCGGUGGAGAUCGAGGAACUCUUCGCUCUGCUCAACCAAAGGCAGGAAACGGGAGGCGAGGCUGAAGGGCACGGGCCCAACGAAGAAGGCGCGGGUCGUGAUGGAGUUGGUGCUAGCCCCGAUCAGAACGUUCGACCAAUCAACGAGGUGACGUCUUCCGGCAUGUUUGGGCUGGACGGACCGCCAGACGUGGCGGAUGUCGAGAAGCUGCGCAUGCUGAGUGUGGCGAGGAAGGACUUCGGCAAGGUCGAGCGCGUUGCCCGCUCGAUGACCGCGCAAAGGAGCUUCUCAGGAGCCUAUCGCUGUACGGCCACCGGCAACCCAUGUCGAGAGGUUCGGCUCAAUAUGCGGCGGAAAAUCCAGUCGCUCAUCGUUGGCUACGGCGUUCCGGCCAUCUGGUUCACCAUCAACCCAAACGACAUUACGAACCCGGUGAAGCUGCGACUGGCGGCAUAUCGGACACGCGAUCCCGGCGCGGCCGAGGAGUUCCUAGAAGGCCUUGGGAGUGCGUACAAGCGGACAAGGCUGGCCAUGUCCGAUCCGAUGAGCGCCGCCGUAUUCUUCCACCGGGAGAUGAAGCUGUUCUUCGAUCAUUACGUGAAGGUCGGAGAAGAGUCGCUCGAUGCUUGCCGACAUCCACGGGAGGAUCAGGCGGCGUAUCGCGAGCGAAUCAUACGAUACGUCGAUAGUGUCUUCUCCGAGGAUCUGGAUCAGGAAGGGUUCUGCGCCGUGCAAGCGGAGCGAUCUGUGACGUCCGAUAUUUCCUCCCUGCUGGACAACACCGAGCAGUUUUCGGCCGCAUUUGACGAGGAGGCCAACUUCUGUGCCGGCGCUACACAGAUCCGGAGGACUCACAGCAUGGUCAAUCGAUGGAACAAGGCUAUCGCUGUUGGGCUCCGGCACAACCACGACAUUUCCUUCAUUGCGACGCAGCGCAAGACCAUGGCCCUUAUGUAUUAUGUCACGAACUACGCGACGAAGGUGGAGGACCCGGUGUGGAAGCGUGUGGCGGCCGCGGCCGAUCUCCUGGCCGCCUCAACGGGUGACGGCACGGCCAACGGAGGACAGGACGACGGUGGAGGUGCUGUUGGCGAUGACGCCGCCAGGGGAACAGGACGCGACAGUUCUUGA